AUGACAAUUACGUACACCAACCGCGUGGCCGAUGCCCGCCUGGGCACCUUCUCCCAGCUGCUGCUGCAGUGGAAAGGAAGCAUCUACAAGCUCCUCUACUCCGAGUUCCUCAUCUUCAUCGCGCUCUACUUCACCAUCAGUCUUGUCUACAGGCUGAUCCUGAGCGAGAGCCAACGGCUCAUGUUCGAGAAGCUGGCGCUCUACUGCAACAACUACGCCGAGCUCAUCCCCGUGUCCUUCGUGCUGGGUUUCUACGUGGCUCUGGUGGUGUCGCGCUGGUGGGCUCAGUACGAGAGCAUCCCGUGGCCCGACCGCAUCAUGAACCUGGUCUCCUGCAACGUGGACGGCGAGGAUGAGUACGGGCGGCUGCUGCGGCGCACGCUCGUGCGCUACAGCAACCUCUGCAGCGUGCUCAUCCUGCGCUCGGUCAGCACCGCCGUCUACAAGCGCUUCCCCAGCAUGGAGCACGUCGUGAGGGCAGGCCUCAUGACGCCAGAAGAGCACAAGAAGUUUGAGAGCUUGAAUUCCCCCCACAACAAGUUUUGGAUCCCGUGCGUGUGGUUUUCCAACCUGGCGGUGAAGGCCCGGAACGAGGGGAGGAUUCGGGACAGCGUGCUGCUCCAGGGCAUCCUCAACGACCUAAUCCCUUUGCGCAGCCAGUGCGGGCGGCUCUACGGGUACGACUGGAUCAGCAUCCCCCUGGUCUACACCCAGGUGGUGGCUGUGGCUGUUUACAGCUUCUUCCUGGCAUGUCUCAUCGGGCGGCAGUUCCUGGACCCAGCAAAGGCCUAUCCUGGCCAUGAAUUAGAUCUCUUUGUGCCCGUGUUCACCUUCUUGCAGUUCUUCUUCUAUGCCGGCUGGCUCAAGGUGGCCGAGCAGCUCAUCAACCCCUUCGGGGAGGACGAUGACGACUUCGAAACCAACUGGCUCAUCGACAGGAACCUGCAGGUCUCCCUCAUGGCAGUGGAUGAGAUGCACCAGGACUUGCCCCUUCUGGAGAAGGACCUGUACUGGAACGAGCCUGACCCCCAACCCCCCUACACCGCAGCCACCGCCGAGUACAAGCGGCCCUCGUUCCUCGGCUCUACCUUUGACAUCAGCAUGCAGAAAGAGGAGAUGGAGUUCCAGCCCCUGGAGCAAAUCAAGGAGAACGAGGAGGCCAACCACUCCACACCGCUGCUGGGACACCUGGGCCGCCUCCUGGGCGUGCAGUCCCCAACCUUCUCCAGGUCCUCGUCGCGGAUGAACCUGCUGCGCCGGCGAGGGGACCCCGUGUCGCCCUUCUCCCAUUACACGUACCAAGACGUGGGCAAGCCUGGGAGCCCUUGCGGCACCAACCAGCCGAGGGGAGACACCAGCACCCAGGAGCAGUGGGACAGCGAGGACAGAAAGCUGAGGGAGUUUGAUGCCUUCAUAUCGACCCCCUUCUACGAGAGACCCGGUUUCUACAGCGCCCCACAGACACCCAUCAGCUCCAUCCCCAUGAUCUUCCCUUCGAGGCGCCAGGGCCGCAAGAAGCCCCCCGCGCUCUCCAGCAUCGCCGCGUGUUCCAUGUCCCUUCGAGACGUCGUCGCCAACUCACCAUCCAAGACGAGCGACACCUACAAGAGCCAGAGCUCCCUGGGCUCGGGGCUCAAGGAAACGUUUGUGUGGCCGACGGCAGAACGGGGCAAAGCCCCCGACUCGCUCGUGGUGACAGUAGAGGAGGAAAAGAAUAACUCGAACAAUAAAAGCAGAGAAGCUGCCACCACGGGGAGUCCAGGAGCUCAGUCUGCAGCAUCAGGGAGCCCUAAAUUCCCCUGCCUGGCAGACUCCCCGGAACAUGAGAAGCAGGGGAGCUUCAAGAGCCUGAAGAGCUUAAAAGGCUGCCGCCCGCCCUGGCUAACUCUGGAGAACACAGCGGCUGCCACCCCCAACUCUGAGCACUCGAGCGCCUUCCACACCCCCAGUAACAAAACCCCCGGAGGCAGCACCUCCCUCUGCUUCUCCUUCACCCCCCUGACAUCCCCAGCGCUGGAGAGGUCCCACGCGGUGAACGCAGGCGCCGACGCUCACAGCCUAAGUUCAGAACAUGCAGCCAACGCUCCAGACCAGCAUCCUGCAGAGGUCGCAGGCAUUGCAAGAGACGGCGGGAGCGGAAGCGCUAACCUCCACCCCACGAAAGAACCAAGAAGGGCGGAGAACCCUUCCCCCAACGACUCCGGCAUCUCCCUAGCCGAGGGCGACUAUGUGGGGCUCAUGGAGGUGAUCUUGGAAACCAGUGAAAGCACCUGCGAAGAGUAG